GGUUAUCAAUGGAAUUACAUGGUUCUAUCUACAGAAAUUUGCAUAGACAUCAGAUUACAAGGUUCUAACUGCGAACGAAUAGCAGUCCGUUGUUUACUCACGUGAUCGGUCAUUUAAAUGUCCACAGGCCAUAGGCGCUGACGGCUGUAGCCAAUGGGAGAGUGCCAUUUCGUGGCACGUGAGCAUAAUAAUAAUAAUUAAAUAGCCAAGAUGGCUGCACGCCGAGCUUUGUUGCUUAAACGAAAAUCAGUUAAACCUGCAGAAAUAGGGAGACUUUUGGAGGAGUUGAGCGACGAUAGUGACAAGGAUGCAGAUUAUGUGAAGGAGUCUUCAUCUUCAUCUGAGACUGAAAGUGACAGCGGCCAUGAACGUCGCAAGUCAGGCAGAAGACGCCGCAUGCGGAAGUCCAAGCAAUCUAGAUCUCAAAAGAAAGUUGUCACAAAGAAAAAAAAUACAGAGCCACUACCGCAGUCAAAUCCAAAAGCAGUCGACGAUGAACAAGCAUCUGAGAGAAUAAAACACGUCAUAACUCAACAUGGACUGCCCAUCACUAAUUCACUGAGGUCCACUGAUCCUUGCACACCAGGCCCUCCUGAAAUUGAAGGAGUGUUGGAGUUGAUUUCACCCCAGCUGGACUUGUCUACUAACCUGGAGUCUAUUUUAUGCACACCAGCUGAGAAGGAGAUUGUGUUGUCUAACAUGGAGUCAUCUAGUCUUCGUCCAGUAGCUGAAUUGCAGACUGGUACAGUUCCAGAGUUGGCUUCUGAACAAAGAGAGACAGUUGUGAAUGAAGAGCAAUCAGUGUUAUGUAAUAGUGGAAACAGAACAAGAAAACGAAAGAGAGACCCAGAAACAUGGCUAGUGAAUACACGCAAGACAAAAUGUCAGUCUGGUUUGGAAUACGUAAACAGGAGGGGGAAACUGGUUCCAGCCAAAGAAAUUAGAAACAGAAAGGAAUGUCAGACAGCCUGCAAGUUUGAGUGUGCCAAGAAAAUAAAUGAAUUUGAGUGA